AAAUCUUUCUUUAAAGUGUUUCGCUUGCAAUUUGACGGUAGAAACGUUAAGGAAUGGCGAGCGAGGUUGCGACGGAGACAGUGGUGCCGACAACAGAGGGAGCGGCUGCGACGGAAAAGAAGCAGCACAACCUAGAGAGGAAGUGGAGUUUUUGGUUCGACAAGCCCAAGCAAGGCGCCGCCUGGGGUAUUUCUCUUCGCAGGGUCUACACCUUCGAAACUGUGGAAGAAUUCUGGUGUUUGUAUGAUCAGGUAGUCAAGCCUAGUAAGCUGCCUGCGAAUGCCGAUUUUCACCUUUUUAAAGCUGGAAUUGAACCCAAAUGGGAAGAUCCCGAGUGUGCUAAUGGAGGGAAGUGGACGGUUACCAGCAAUGUGAAAGCGAACUUGGAAAACAUGUGGCUGGAAACUUUAAUGGCCUUGAUUGGGGAGCAAUUUGAUGAGGCGGAUGACAUUUGUGGUGUGGUGGCUAGUGUGCGCCAAAGGCAAGAUAAACUUUCACUGUGGACUAAGGCAGCUGCGAAUGAAGCUGCCCAGAUGAGCAUUGGGAGGAAGUGGAAGAAGAUAAUAGAUGUCGAUGACAAGAUCACUUAUAGCUUCCAUGAUGAUUCCAAAAGGGAAAGAUCUGCCAAAAGCCGAUACAACUUGUGAAACCAUCUUUCACUCGGCCUUGGUCUUUAUGAUAUCUAGUCCGGAUCAUUGAUAAAUGUAUUUCAAUUGAGAUGUUGUUUCUUGUUAUAAUGCUUGCCAACAAUAUAUCUAUUCAUGGAGUAUCAGGACAUUUGGUAUUCAAGUUCAAUGGACGGUUUA